GUAAUUGGAAAGAUUGAUAGCAAAGGAAAGAGAAGUGGGUUUGCAGGAACAUGAGACAAAUCAAGUCGUCGAACAGAGAGAGAGAAAGAGAGUUAAGGGUAUUUCUGGAAGACUAGAUGAAAAUUUGUAAAGUUUCGUGGCAUUAAAGGAAAUGGUCGUGGCAUUAGCAGUGGCCUACAAUAAAAUGUUUUUUUUUUUUGAAAGAGGCCUACAAUACGUAAAAUGUAAUGUGGGGAAAUUCACAAGGUUCUCCCUCGAUCGCCGUAGCUUCAGGGCUCGGGCAGUAAAAGCCUCGAUUUAUCGGCAAAACUCUCUCUCUCUCUCUCUCUCCCCUCAACCCUUUCACGAAGCAACAACACCAGAGAAUCACUCCCUCGUACCCACAAAAAUCUCGCUUCAAUCUUCACUGAAUCCCUAACAGCAUGUUGCGGAGGUCGAUUUUGGAGAUAUCGUCCCGUCAAUCCUUGAGAAGAAAUCCUGCUAGGAUUGCAGCUCAGAUACCACCCUAUAUUUCUUGUAGGAAGCAAUACUCUGUUGCAUCUGAGCAAAAUGCACCCCAAGGGUCUGGUUCAACAGGCAAGCCACCUGAGUCAGGGAGUUCUUUGCCAAAGAUAAUCGUUGGAACUCUCACGCUUGGGGCUGUUCUCAUGACAGCUUAUCAUUUGAAUCAGCGAUCUAUAGAAGGGCGGCGUAGUAUUCUUGAGUCGCUUAAAGUUGGCACUAAAGAUCCUGUGGAAUUGUCAAAGAGUAAUAAAGAUUUGAAGGAAGACGGAGUUUUGAGGGACAAAAAUGUGAUGUCCAGUAUUCAAGAGUCAGGUGGAAGUCCAAAUAUGGAGCCUGCUGGAAAAGACAAUGUAACUCAUUCAGAUCUCCCUCACCCUGAUGAUUUGAGUAAACACAAAGAAAGCCAAUUUCAGGUAAAUGAUGAACCUCAAUCGACACCUAAAGAAGAUGUAGCACCUGUACAAGAGAAAGAGUUGCCUACAGUGACAUCUGAUGAUGAAUCUAAAACUCCCGGAGCAUCUCUUGAAUCGACGCUUGACAUGAAACCAGAAGUGAAAUCUACUAUAGAGCAGCAUGAGACAGUUGAAAACACACCCAUUCUUCCCCAGGGUAACACAGUAGUUGAAGAAAAUGAGAUGAAAUCAAUAUCAAUACGGCAACAAACUGCUAAAGACAUGCCAGAGGCGCAUGGUGAUGGUGUGGAACAACCAAAGUCCCUCCUAAAUGAAUAUAACUUAGGAGAUAAGGUUGAAGAAACCAUUUCUACUUUAUCUGAAAAACAUAAGGAUUUGGUUGAUGCAAUUGAAGAUUCCAAUGAUGCUUACUUAUCCAAGGAUGGAAAACUGGUUGUUGAUUUCCUACAAGCUAUUCAUGCAGCUGAGAAAAGGCAAGCAGAGUUGGAUGCUCAUAUUUUCGCGGAAGAAAAGAGAAAGAUGAAGGAGAAGUAUGAAAAGGAACUCAAGGAUGCUAGGGCAAGGGAGCUUAUGUAUGCUGAAGAGACAGCCAUUAUGGACAAGGAACUAAAUAGAGAAAGAGUGAGAGCUACUGCUGCUCUCAAGUCACUUAGAGAAGAACUAGAAGAUAAACUUAGGAUCGAGCUUGAGCAGAAGGAAACUGAAGCAGAAUCCAGGUUGAAGAAUGUCCAGGAGCUAUCAAAAGCAGAAUUGGCUGCAGCUAUCGCAAGUGAGAAGGCAUCCCUGAUUGAAAAGAUGGCAGAAGCAAAUCUUCAUAUAAAUGCUUUGUGCAUGGCAUUCUACGCACGUUCCGAAGAGGCUCGCCAGAGUCACUCUGUUCACAAGCUUGCUUUGGGAGCACUUGCAUUGGAAGAUGCAUUAUCUCAAGGGCUACCUAUUGAGAAAGAAAUACACGCUUUGCACACUUAUCUUGAAGGCGAUGCUAAAGAUCCUCUUUUGGAUUUGGUUCUGUCAUCAAUUCCUAAAGAAACACAGAGCAAGGGCACGGAUACUAUAUUGCAAUUGAAGCAUAAGUUUGAUACCUUAAAAGGGACGCUGCGGCACUUCAGCCUGAUACCGCCUGGCGGCGGCGGCAUUCUGACCCAUUCUUUGGCUCAUGUUGCGUCCUCAUUGAAGGUUAACGAGGCUGACCAAUCUGGUGAUGGGAUCGAAUCUCUUAUAAACAGAGUGGAGAGCCUCCUAGCAGAAGGAAAGCUAUCCGAAGCAGCAGAUUCUCUUGAGAAUGGUGUCAAGGGCACACAAGCGGCAGAAGUUAUUAAUGAUUGGCUGAGGCAAGUGAGAAACAGGGCCAUCACUGAGCAAGCUUUAACCUUCGUACGGGCCUACGCUACUGCCAUCAGCCUUACUUAACACUCCUCUAACUUUUUAUAAGCCAAGUUGGACCGUCUCUUUCCUGGCUGAUGACAUGAAAUCCAUUUGAUUGAUGCAGUGGCGGUUUAGUAUACAGAUGAGGUAGUGUAUUCCGGAAUUAUGUCAAUGAACAUCAUAGAAACCUGGAUCGAGCCUUUUUGAACGAGUUUAUACCUUUAUAGAUUUUGUUAGCAAUUGCAGCACCUUUUUUCCUCCC